UUUAAACUGAGGAUCUAAAUGGUACAUGGGACAUGUAAUACCCCAUAGCAAGUUAUUGUAAGGGCAGGGCAGGGAGGAGGACAGGACAGGUGUUAUCAGGUGUCAUAUAUAUACAUGCUGUAUUCAUUUCCCUCAUUAAUUCCAGAGCAACACUACAGACUAAGUUUGAUAAAGACAUGAAGAUGGGAUCCCGCACAUUGGUUCUGAUCAUGUUUUUAGGUGCCCUCUGUGUUGCACAGGCACUGAGGUGCAACUACUGCCUGAAGAUUGACGAAGACAAUCCCACCUGUGAUACGAUAGAGGAGAAAGAAUGCAGCAGUGGUUUUGAUAAGUGCAUUAAGAUCAAAAUGCAUCCUCCAGCCUACGGUGAGGUGCGCAGAUGUGCAAAGACUAAUGAGUGUGAUGCUCAGGUGCCUCCUCAGGUGGAGAAAGUGUGCUGCAACACAGACCUCUGCAACUGAUCUGCUCCAUCAGCCAAAUGUAUUUUUUCAAUAUGGUCUGUGAUAAUCUUACGGUACUUAAAAUUCUCAAAACAUACAGCAUAAUAUCAUUGUUAUUAAUUGAUUUUAAUUUAAUAUAUAGGUAAAUAAUAAUAUAAAGAAAUAAAAUCUGGCCAGCAAAACGAGAAACAAUGAUGAUUCUUUGUUUUCUAAAACAUUGUAUUUUUUUUGUAUGAGUUUUGAAAUGUACAACAAUUAAACUCUAAAACAAAA